CACAGCGCCGUCGUACUACUCCACUCGACGCGCUUCUUCUUUCGCCGCCCUCUCGGCACCCUACGGCUUUCCGUGGCCCGUCCCGGAAGGCCUCCUCCUCCUCCGCUCGCCGGACCGUAAUCGUCGAUCGGCGGGAAGUCCCCACCCCUCCGGCCCGCGGGUGGCGACCCGAGGUCGACGUCUUCUUCCGCCCGGCGGCGCGGAGGGUGCCCCGCCCGACCAUUGGAGGAGAGACCGGAAGCGGCGCGCGCGGCGCCCGCCCGAAAAAGUAAUCGGAGUCGGUCGGCGCCGCCACCGAGUAUGGAGCCCGGGAUGCUGCUGUCUCUGCUGCUGCUCUGCGCCGCCGGAGGAACGGCGGCGCCGGAGACCACCGAGGAGGUGCCUUCCACCCACACGCCGCACGUGCUGUCCGCUUCCAAGACGGUGGUGGUCAGGAGGGGCGAAGAGGCCGUCUUCGACUGCGAGGUGGACGAACUGGGAGGAUUCGCCAAGGUGUGGAAAAAGGACGGCGUGCUCUACUUUACCAACGACUUCGACUUCGUCCGAGAUCCACGCGUCCGACUGAACGAAGACGGAUCCCUGCGCGUCCUGGAGAUCCGACCCGGAGAUGCCGGCGAGUACGUCUGCCAGAUCAGCACCGAGAGACCCCUGGAACUGCGUCACCGCCUGGUGGUCAUCGUGCCCCCUAGCGUGGAACCCGUGCCCGGAAGCGGAAGACUGACCGUCGGUCUGGGACAGAACUUCACCGUCGGAUGUCGGGCCGAAGGAUCUCCCGGUCCCACCGUCACCUGGACCCGCCAAAACGAGAAUGGAGAGAAACAAGAGGCGGGAGAAGGAACCGUGCUGCAGGUGUCGUCGGCGAAAGAGAAGGACUCCGGAGAGUAUCGCUGCAGCGUCAGUAACGGAUACGAUCCAGCGGUGGAGGCUUCCAUUCUAGUCGACGUGGUCUAUCGGCCGGUGGUAACAGCGGCGGAGAAAGUGGUGUACACGGGAAGAGGAGCCACCGCCCUACUUUCCUGUUUCGCCUACGGAAAGCCUCUUCCCUCAGUGGUGUGGCUGGGCCCCGACGGAACGGCGGUCCGUCCGUCGGACCGUCACCAGCCGGAAUCUUCGACAGGCAUCCAUAGACUGCUGAUACGGAGGAUACGAGACGAAGACUUGGGAGAGUACGUCUGUCGGGCGGACAAUCCGCAAGGAACGGCCCGAGUCAACAUCGAACUCAGCGGACUCGCCAGCCCCGCCGAGUUUCGGAAAGACUCUUUGGACCCCGGGGAGGAUGCCUAUACUCUCCGAUGGAGCGUCAAGUCGCACGGUCAAGUGUUGGAGUUUCUCUUGAAGUUCAGACCAAUAAACAGGAGUGACGUCGGGCCGGACGAAUGGACCAACGUACGGGUUCCUGCCGAACGCGGUCGCGGUCUAGUGUGGAGCCACGGUUACCGAAUCACCGGUCUUCGGCCCGGGACCGUUUACCAGGCAGUGGUACUGGCCAGGAACGAAUUUGGAUGGAACAGACCCUCGCCUCCCUUUUCCUUCUCUACCACGGGUGCCACGGCGGAAGAAGUGGACGAUGAUCGACUUACAAAAAUGGAAGAGAAAGAAACGGAUGGAGUGUUUCCUGUAAAAUACGAGGUAACAAUGGCCCCCGAGAGUAGCACAGACGAAGACGGAGCUGCCGGCCUUCGAGAGUUCUUUCCUAGUGCCUUACUCAUCUGCUGUCUUCUGCCGCUUCUCCGAUAGAAGAGUUUUCUGCCCGGUUCUCCUUUCCUCCCUAAGGACAACAUGCCGGUGGCGAUUUUCUUCCCGGUUCCUUUUUUUCCCGCUGUACCCAGUUCCGCGACCGUGUCUUACCUGGCCUCCACCUCGACGUGCCAAAAGGAGAGGACGGUGCUCAUUGUGGUUAGACUGUUGAUGUUUCGCGUGUAGUUCGGGAGGAGGCGGGCUCCUUUUGAACUUCAUUCUGCACGUAGGCAGAUCUGACCGUUGUCGUCUCCCGCCAUCAAACGGCCCGCCUCCUCUCGUUCUUAUAUUCGAUAAUAAAGGAAUUUUCCUUCAUUGGAAUUCUCUUUAUGCAGUCCUAUUGACUCAAAAA